AUCCCGUCUGACCUGCACCUUGCUCUGUCCUUCAUACCGCUCCUAUUGCCGGCACGUCCAGCGGUGCUGGAUUUGCUACUCACCGCCGUUGUUUCUUUUUCUCUUUGCCAACGGGGCUCUGUCGACAAAGAUCAACAACAGCACCCAACGCGACCUCCAGCCAUGGCCAUGACAGCACGUCCUCGGCGUGGUGGUGCGACCACCAUCGCGGCGGCGGCGGCGGCGGCUCUUCUUUUGGCGUGCUCGCCGAGCCCGGUUGCGUCCCAGGCGACCUGCCCGAAUGCGCUGACGCCCUCGUACGCGAGCCCGGUGCUCGGGGCCGGGUGGACGGCGCAGCUCGUCGCCAGGGGGCUCAGCGACCCGCGAGGCAUCGUGCUUGACAGCAGCGGUGGCCUGCUGGUCGUCGAGCAGGGCCGCGGGAUCCGCCGCAUCACCUUCAAGGAGGACGGCAACGGCGCCUGCUUCGGCGUCGACAAGAACCAGACCGUGGUUGAUCUCAAAGAGCUCAACCACGGGAUCGAGCUGUCCGACGACGGCAAGACGCUGUACGCGUCGUCGGCCGACUCGGUCUACUCGUGGGAGUACGACGCCGGCCAGGGCGCGGCCAAGGCCGACAGCCGCAGGACGCUGAUCAGCGGCAUGGCCAGCCAGGGCCACACCUCGCGCACGAUCUUGAUGUCGCGCAAGACAAAGGGCACGCUGCUCGUGUCGCGCGGCAGCGCCUCCAACAUGGACGCCGACGCGCGCGACAGGGGCUCCGGGGUGUCGCAGAUCCGCGCGUUCGACCUCAGCUCGCCGCCGACCGACGGCGGCCGCGCGCGCGCCUUCCGGUACGCGUCCGAGGGCAGGCUCGUGGGCUGGGGCCUGCGCAACUCGGUCGGCGUGGCCGAGCACCCCGGGGCGGCGGGCGGCGUGUACAGCGUCGAGAACUCGGCCGACGACGUGAGGCGCAUGGGCGCCGACGUGCACCGCGACAACCCGGGCGAGGAGAUGAACUUCCACGGGCCCGUCUCGUCGCCCGCGGGCGCGAACCACGGGUACCCGGACUGCCUCGCCCUCUGGGACACCAACGUGCCGCAGGGCUCGGGCAUGAGGACGGGCGCGCAGUUCGCGCUCGGCGGCGAGGGGAGCAACGUCACCGACGCCGCUUGUGCCGGUAGCAACUUCGCGGCGCCCAGGCUCACGUUCCAGGCGCACACGGCGCCGCUCGACCUCAAGUUCUCGGCCGACGGGGCCGAGGCCUAUGUUUCGUUCCAUGGAAGCUGGAACAGAGACGACCCUGUGGGGUACAAGAUCUCAAUGAUCAGGUUCGCCAACGGCGAGCCCACCGAGCCGGCUGACAGCCGCUCGUCGACUGUCGAUAUCAUGUCAAACCCAGACCUCUCGGCCUGCCCGGGGCGGUGCUUCCGCCCCGUCGGCUUGGCUAUGGACCAAAGGGGUCGCAUGUUCAUGAGCUCGGACAGCACGGGCGAGAUUUACUUGCUGCGAAAGUCUGAGAUGGCCGCGACCGACACUGGGAAGGCUGGUGGUAAUAAUGGUGGUGCUAGCAGCGCUGGCCACCUUGUAAUGCCGAGUCUGCUGGGAUCGGUGUGCCUGAUGCUCUUCUUCCUCCACGCCGGCAGUCGUUGGUAG